GGUACGUCGGUUAGUGGACGGUUAUUUAAAGCUGAUUACCGAUAGUGACACUGUCACAUUUCAAAAGCGUCAAGUGUCCAGGAACAGAACUGCUUUCAAAACAAGAUUUCGGUUCCACUAUGAAUUUUGUGUUUAUACUUUCUACACUUCUGGUGAUUUGUGGCUUACGCUAUGCAGGUGGAUGUGAUCCUCACGAGCAUCCGAUUUUUAGAGCUCUUAUGAAGGAUGGUGAAUUGGAAGUUUGCUACAACAACAAAGUUGAGGCUGCUAAAUAUGAACUGACUUGCAUUUACAAGAAUAAGGAUUACGUGGAAGGAGACACUUUCAUUGAUGGCUGUAAAGUAUGUUACUGUAAUGGAUAUAGAACGAUGCGUUGUGUUAAAAUCUGUCAAGCACAAAAUGAAAAGGCUGUCCUGAAGAACCAAGAGAUAGUACUUAGUUGUCCUCAGAAAAUACAUUGUAUAAGAUUUACCCAUGAGGUAUUGUGCAAACCCCUCAAAAAAGCGCCAAUAUGUAAAUAUCAAGGUCGAACUGUCGGAGAAGGAGUCUAUUUUGGUCUCUAUGGUAUCUUUGCAUGCAUGAAGAAUGGAACAGCGAUUAGUUUGGCAAUUUAUCCGGAAUAUCUUUGUGAACCACCCUACCUGUGCCUUCGUUCGCAUCCACGGAAUAACCCUGGACUAAUUAAGACUGAAAUUUGUGAGUAUAGAAAGGAUGGUAAAGUGAUUUGUAAACAACCUGGACAACCUGGACUACCCGAGAAACUUAGGGAACCAAAAACGAAAAUAACGUGCAAUAACUUUGGGAAAGAAGUACCAGUUGGACCGAUUCUAGGUACUGACUGUGAAUGUUUUGAAAAUGGUACAAUAUCUUGUAGCAGCCCAGACAACCCAGUCAUAGUAGAUGAAACGCCAUGCACUGCAAGAAAUAUUCCUUUCUGCCUUCAAGGUGGCGACAUGUAUCCAGUUGGACCAAUUCCUGACACAAACUGUACCUGCACAGCUAACCUGUCAAUUGAAUGUGAACAUGAUAUAAAAGAUAUGCUGCCAGAGGUUCCUUUCUGCCUUCACGGUGGCGAAAGGUUUCCUGUUGGACCAAUUCCUAACACAAACUGUAACUGCACAGCUAACACGUCAGUUGUAUGUAAAGAUGGUAUACAAGAUGUGCCGAUAGAUGUAUGUCUAUAUGAAGGGAUAUUUUAUCCAAUUGGUCCAAUUCCUGACACAGACUGUAAUUGUACAAUGAGUGGAGAAAUUACAUGUAAAGGUGAUGAACCACCAACGAUAUUUAUGAAUGAUCCUGAAGAUGGUUGUCCCUACGAUAAUAUGGUCUAUCCAUUCGGGCCUUUUCCGGAAGAAUAUGUACCUGUAAAAAGGAUGGUCAUUUGGAGUGUGACGGUAAGUGAUUGUUUCUCUCUCCAUCUUAUAACAUCUUAGCAUAAUUAAUAAUCC